AUGAAGCCAGGAGUAGUAGUCAAAGAGAAUAGCUUCCUCCGAGCGUUUCGUCUACACAGAUCAGGUAUAAGGUUCCUAGGGGCAGGCUUAUACUGCGAUGCAAUUCACACGUUAAUGCAUGGACUUGAGCUCCUUCACUUCUCAGCGGACGACGAGGAUAAGAACUCGUUCGACAAUGUUUCCGUGAAAUUCGCCAGGUGGAAACAAUUAGAGUCAGCAUCAGCGUCUGGGAGAAUACAACACCCCUCCGAGAUUCAGGUGAACAAGACGCCUAUGGAUCAUACUUGCUACACGAAUGAAGAAUGGAUGACUCCGAUGCUGAAACCAUGCUGCAACCGAUGCCGAGGAUCACUGGUGGGUGCAAUGCUUUACAAUAUGGCCCUGGCGUAUCAUCUUCAUGCAAUCACCUUUGAACAAGAUGGAAAUCGAUUAUACUCGUACCUGAAUCAGGCAUCCUCGCUGUAUAGCGCUGCGGAGGGAAUUCUGCAAAAGUACAAUGUUUCGAUACGAUCCAGUUUGGAGACCAACGAACGACAUAUACACUAUUUGAUUUGUUCACGACCUGUACCGGAAUCUGCCCUAUUUAGUCUUCACUCAUCAUCAUCAUCCCUCAAUGUGGAAGCUAAUUUUGGAUCCAUACUGCAACAACGUCAGCCAAACGAAACAGGCCUGAAUGCAACGAUAUGUUCCUUGGCGCAAUCCAAUGGUAUGGCAGCUGAUUUCGGACAUUGA